UUUGGAGAUAGCCAUCAUUUUUACUAGGGUCAGUUAAUUUUCUGCCUCAAGAACAUUACUGUUUCUCCAUCUACGCAGUUCAAUUCAUUUCAUUGGCAUCUUAUAUUUUCAGUAUAUAGAUCCUUUAUAGACUAGACUAUGUGUGUGUGUAGGGGAACAAUUAGACCUCAAGUUUGAAGCCUAGAAUCAUUCCACUGCAGUGGGAGGUUAAGACUGAAAUGCCUAGAUUAAACGGAAUCCCAUCCUCCACCCUGCACGGAGAAAGCAGCCACUGCUGUGGGGGAGGCAGGAAUAGGGGGGAUGAGAAAACUGUGGGCUCUGCCAGCCGUUUGCAGUAACACACAAGGUAGUUCCCCCGCCCCCGCCUCCCCCCAUGCCCCACGCUCAGAUGGAAUGAGCCAACCUGCGUAUCUCUGGGCUUGGUCAAAAUCCAGUCUGCAUCUCGGAUUUCCCACACAGCGGCGGAGAUCCACAGAGCUGAGGCUGCAGAAAGGUUUCUCCAUCCAACCACUGAUUGCUAAACGUUUGGUGCUUCCUCUUCCAACGAUGGGCAAUUUAUGUUUUCCCAUCAAAGAGCAGCUAUUGUUGGCCGAGCAGGUUCAGCCAACCUUGCCUGAGACCCCGGCUGCCUCCUCACCGCAUAGGAAGUGCAAAGACUUCUGCAUCAUGGUGAUGGGCUCUGCUGACGUGGGCAAGAGCACUCUGAUGAAGAGGCUGGCUCAUGACACCCUGCGCGAGGCCAGUUCCCCGACUAGUGAAGAUACCUUUGGCCGCUGGAGGGGCUGCAGGCACGGCAAAGGCAUUCUGCACAUCAACGACAACACCCACAGCUGCAGUUACCGCGCCUGCGUGGCCAGGGCCCGGGCCUUCCUUGUGGUGUACUCCAUUACCAGGAAGACAUCUCUGGAGGAGACCAAGCCUGACCUGGAGCUGAUUCGGAAGAUCAAGGGCGACGACCUGGCCCAGUUCCCAAUUCUGCUCGUGGGUAACAGGAUCGACGAGAAGCCCCGAGAGGUGAGUCCCCAGGAAGGUGCUGCCUUCGCACGCGAGUGGAAUUGUGCCUUCAUGGAGAUCUCCACCAAGGAAGACAUCAACCUGAAGGAGCUGCUCCACAUUUUGCUGAGCACCAAGAAGGAGCCUGACGACUGCCUGCAGAAGCCGACUUCCAGCCUCCAGAAGAAGUUCACUGCCUGCCUCCAGAAGUCCACUGCCUGCCUCCAGAAGAAGUAUACUGCCUGCCUCCAGAAGUCCACCGCCUGCCUCCAGAAGAAGUAUACUGCCUGCCUGCAGAAGAAGACCAAGGUGUCCAAGAUCGUCGAGAAGCUGCUCGGAAAAUUUGUCAACAUGUAAGUCACCAGCCCUAGAAGCUACCUCCUAGCCUGUAGAUUGCAGCAAACGUGGACCAGUACCAAUGUAGCGUGCCACCUGUCUCUGAUCCUAAUGCCAUGUCGGUAAACAUAUACAAGUGAAUGACUUUUGUUUAUUUUCCCCCUGGGCAAGAAAAUUCAUUUCGUUAAAAGUUUGGUAUUAGAGGAAAAGGGAAAGAAAGAAACAUCACGCAUUUAAAAAUAAGACCUUUAAUACUAAAGUUAAUAAAACAAAAUGUUUUUUUUUUAAGAAUAAAGCACCGAAGUUUGAAGAUGACCCAGCCCUAUGUUUUGUAAUUCUGUUAUUGUUUUAUUUGUAUUUAUUUAAUUUUUUAUCAGUUAUUUAUUUAUUUAUUUUGAGAAAAGUUCUUAGUAUGUAACCCAGGCUCACCUUGAACUCAUGAUCCUCUGGCUUCAAUAUCCCAAGUGCUGUGUUUACAGGUGUGCACCUCCAAGCCUGGCUUCUGUAUUUGUAACCAUUUCAAGUGCUGUAAUUGCCUAAUCCUAUCUCCCAUUGUGUACUUGAUCAUUAAGAAAUGUGUUUUCACCACAAAAGCCUUGCCAAAUUGCUGUGGGAUCAUUUACCCUUGACUGGAUAAUAAAACAAAUAUUCUAUAGCUAUUAUUGAGAUGUGUGCAGACGCAAUUGUAAAAGUGGAACUUGCUCACUGAGAUGUGCUCGUUGUUUCCUAGCUCAUACAAACAGUUGCUGAUCUUACCCUACAGUGUUGGAAAAGUGCAACAAUUACUUGACUUAAUAAAGCUUUCUUAUACGC